UUUGAUCAAAUAAAUGCAGCCUUGAUAAGCAAGAGACUUCCUACAAAAAAAAAAAGUUUAAAAAUAUCUCAGUUAUUCCAAACUUCUGCCCCAUAGUGGAUUUUCAGUGGAUUUGGUCAAACCAGCAGCUUUUAAUAGGUUUCAUGAUGCUCUUUUGAUUGGAUGGAGGAAGAGGAAAUCCACCAAAGACGCCCCACUACUGCCAAUUUCCCGAAGAAUCCCAAGUGAACUCCACUACUGCGUCUAAGAGAUUGUCUGGAUUUUUUUUUUAUAGAUGCUGUCAUUCAGCUAUAAGCUUCAAAACAUUGAAAUACUGUCAAAUAAUAAUGUCGAUGUUGCGUAAUUGUUUGAAAGGGUGUAAACCCUGCUCCAGCACACCUGCUUGUACUUCUCAAGUAAUUCUGAUUUGCUCAUUCAGACGUGUUAAAUAGAGUUGCAAGAACUUGAAAUUGAGUUUGAGUGUCUUGCCCUAAAAGCUGAUUCAGUGACAGGAACGCUUUCGGAGGAUGUUGAUCCAGGAGCACGUUUAUCAUGUCCUGCUGGGAAGUUAAUUAUGGCUACAGAGGGAGACCCAACUGACUUUGUGAAAGUGCUUCACCUUCUGGUCAUUUCCUUCACAUGGGGAAUGCAGGUGUGGGUGUCUUUCAUAGCAGGUUUUGUGCUGAUUUCCCAGGUAUCCAUGCACACAUUCGGCCUUGUGCAAAGCAAGUUAUUCCCAUUUUAUUUCUACUGUCUGCUGGGUGCUGAUGCAGUCAAUCUGGCCAUAUAUGCUGUGUACCACCCUAGAGAACUGCUGGACUGGCAUGAGGGCAUACAGAUGACUCUGUUCUUUGUGGCCGUGAUCAUGGCCGGUCUGAACGCGCAGUGGUUUUGUCCAUCUGCCACAGAGUGCAUGCUGGUCAUGCAGGAGAUCGAGAAGGAACACGGUCUGGGGAAUCAGGUGGGUAUGAGCUCCAAUAAGGAAGGAUACGCCAAACUCCGUGAACAGGACCCAAAAUACAAGGAGCACAGGACCACCUUCUACCGCUACCAUGGUCUGUCCAACCUCUGCAACCUUAUAGGCUUUUUCUCCACUACCAUCAAUCUCAUUUACCUGGCCCUCCAUUUGGGAACUAUAUGAGUGUGUUGUGCGUUUAUGAGAAAGAGUCCAGUCAGUGUAUGUUCUCUUUUUCUGUCAGAAUGUUUUGUAUAACAAUAAUGCUUCUAGUUUUUAUACAACAAGAGGUUUUAGUGUUCUUUAAGGUUAAAAGAACCAAAUUCAGAACCGUUGAAGUGAGCCAAAAGUGAAAAGUUGAUUUUGUAUUCACACUGUCCAUAAAAGUGGACUCGGAUCUCAAUUUAGUCCGUUUUAUUUGUGACUGGGUUUCAGUCCAUUUCAGCCCAAUUUGUCCAUGACUUUCCUUUGAAAUCUUUCUAUAUAAGGAAUAAUUCUUGUGAAUCGUUCUCAGACAAUGUAUAAAACGCAUAUUUUUAUGUCUGGAGUUUUUUUUAUUAUGUAAACAUUUCCAGCCAUAUUAAAUGAUAUUAUUAUGGAUGUUAACAGUAUUUCUCC